ACAAGCGAGAGCGAGAUGGCACUGGGCGGCGCGUCCUGGGAGCGAGCGAGAGCGGCAGCGUGGGGGCUUAUCGGCAAAGUCCAAGGUGACCCCGGCUGGCAGCUGUGUUCGUUUGGACUGGCCGGCGCGCACGUUCUGUCCUUGUCCCACACGCACCAACUUGGCCAUUGCGCGGUUGCCGCGACGCGUUCAAAAGGUCAAGAUCUAAACGUCGCUGGGCGAUUUUUGCGCGUUUUUUCUCAAAUUUUUGCCCGCUUUUCCUCCUUGUCCAAUCAAAUGCCAGGAUUUUUGCGCUAUCCAUUGGUUUGAUUGUCCUGGUUAGGGUUUGGUGUUCAUGACGUAAUGGCGAAUGCGCCAAUGUAGAUUUCUGCAACAACAAAUAGCGGAACGCUAACGUUAAACAUGUCUGCGGCGCCUAAUAGGGAGGAAACUGUGCAUGUGCCACCAAACUUAGUGGUUCAUUCGCCAUUGUGUCCCGACAAGAGAGCCACCAGCUACGUCAACUGUCAAUCGCCUGUCAUUGUCAUGAGUGGUGCCCGUUUUCUGCCAGUGCUGCUGCUCCUGAUCGCGCUGGGCGGAGCCCUAGCGACGAUUCACGGCAAGUAUUCGGGCCCCCUUGAGAGCUACCAUCUGGCGGUGCCGCACCGAGCUACGGCCGACGGCCAGUUCCACUCGUUCCACCUGCCCUACACGCAUGCCUACGACGCGCGCCAGUUCAUGAAGCGACGCAAGCGCGAGCUCGACGACCCCGAGGCCCUGCACUAUGGCGUCCAAUUGGACGACCAGCUGCGCCAUCUGGAGUUGUGGCCCAACAGGGACUUCCUGCACCCGCAGGCGGUGAUCGAGCGGCGUGACGUCACGCGCGAGGUGAAGGACAUGGACGUGCGCGGGCUGAAAAACAAGAAAAUGUGCUACUAUAUGGGGCGCGUGCGCGGGGAGCCGGACUCCCGAGCCGCCCUCAGCACCUGCGACGGUCUGCUGGGCUACGUGCGGAUCGGGGCGCGCACCCUCUUCAUCGAGCCCGUGCAGGGGCACGGCCCCAACGAAGAGGGCCACCAUCUGCAUGUGGUGUAUGAACCGCGCGCGCGCUCCGAUGGCCGCUUCUGCGGCGUCAGCGACUCGCCCAGCCAAUGGGACGCGGACAUGAAGACGUGGUUCGAAGAGAAGCUGCGCGAUGGUGGCGGCCUCGUCAAGCGCGGCUUGGAGGAAGAGGUGAUGGUGGGGGGCGCCUAA